CCGCCCCUCAGCGGCUGGUCAGAGGUCCGGGUGUCCCCCACCCCCCAACCCCAACUUAACACGGUCCCAGUUCCCGGUCCCACCUAACGCGAUCCUGGGUUCCCGGCCCGCAGCCGACUGCCAGCGGCUUGGUGCCGCCGAGGGUCGGGAGCGCGCGAGCUCGUACCCACGGCUGCAAGGAGGGUUUCCCCAGACCGAAGCGCGGAAACGGGGUGCUCCGGCCUCCCGCCCGCUCUCCGCCUGAUCUUCGCGGUCGCAGACGCUGUGCGCCCUGCGCGAUGGGUGCCAACGAGGACCAGGAGAUGGAACUAGAAGCUUUACGUUCCAUUUACGAAGGAGAUGAAAGCUUCCGGGAAUUAAGUCCGGUUUCAUUUCAAUACAGGAUAGGUGAAGAUGGUGAUCCCAAAGCCUUCCUAAUAGAGAUUUCCUGGACAGAGACCUAUCCCCAAACGCCUCCGGUUAUAUCUAUGAACGCGUUUUUUAACAACACCAUCUCCUCGGCUGUGAAGCAGAGCAUCUUAGCCAAGCUGCAGGAAGCAGUAGAAGUGAACCUCGGCACUGCCAUGACUUACACAUUGUUCGAGUACGCUAAAGACAAUAAAGAGCAGUUCAUGGAGAACCACCAUCCCGGGAACUCUACACCAACACCCAUAGCCAAUAUCAUCUCGGUUGAAGCUCCCAGCACAGCCCCAUCAAGUAAGAAAAAAGAAAAGAAAGAACAACUUUCCAAAGCUCAGAAACGCAAGCUGGCAGAUAAGACAGAUCACAAAGGGGAGCUCCCUCGAGGCUGGAACUGGGUUGAUGUCGUGAAGCAUUUAAGCAAAACUGGCUCUAAAGACGAUGAGUAGCACCUACAGAAGAAGCGAGCGCGUCUCUGCAAGGCAGCCCGGAUCAACAUAUCUCCUUACUUUUUCUGGCACCGAGUGGCUUUUUACAAGACAUAGCUCUUUUGUAUGUGUCUUUAAAAAUAGAAGUGGAAAGUCCACGAAGAGAUCUGGUUGUAGUAAAUUAUUUUCACAAGCUCACCUUAAUAAAAGGUGAAAGUGUAGCCGUUGAGAGUACUCUCUGCAGCCGGGAGCAUCGUUGGCUGUGGAUGGCCCUGAGCGGUGAGUCAGUGGUGACUUCCACCAAGCCGCUUGCAGGUGGCAGUUCAGUGGUGCCCGGGAUAGCAUCGCUGGUAUCCCAUGGCAUGACCAUAGCAACAGGCGUCUCCCCUUAAGUCGCCAUCUCCUUCUGCUUGGAUAACCACGAGAAAGCUGCUUCAGAGCAAUCUCAGUACUGAUGCUGAGAGUUCUGAUUCUUUCCAUAGUUCCUCAUUCAUCAGCAGUCAAUUGCUUCCCCUUAAUAAACUGAGAUCUAGUUUUACUUUUCUCUUAGCUUGGGUGAAGGUGUUUGAUCAUGAGAUCUUCCAAUUCUAUGAUGAAUAGAAAGAAUAUAAGAAGAAAACUGAGAGUCUGGGAAAGAGCUCAGUCAGUAAAGGGCUUGCCAUGCAAGCACGAGGACCCGAGUUCAGGUCCCCAGCAGCCACGGAGAAAACCGGGCAUGCGCCUGAAACCCAGUGCUGGGCGGGCAGGGAUGGGAGGAUCCCUGGUGCUUGCUGGCCAGCCAGUCUGGCGGAAUCCCUGAACUCCCAGUUCAGUGAAAGAUGCUAUCUCAAAUAAAUAAGGUAGAAAGCAAUAGAAGAAGAAGACACAUCGCAGAUCUCAGCCUCAACAGGCAACACACAUAAAUAUAUAUACCAUACAAUAAACAAAACAAAAGCAACAGGUUUGCCAAAUACUUCAGAAAGCAUUUGGAUAAGUGCUAGCUCUUGUUUCAAAUACUUCCCUUUGCUGCAUAUGCCAGGAUGGGUAUAAGAUGCCUUAAUAUUUAAUUUUUGUAUUGUUGGAGACAGUGGUUUUAAUAAAUUCCUAUUAUCUGCUA